AUCCAUGUGGUGUUACGAUGUGUUGAUCCAGAUAAUAAGAAGGAUUGUGAACUGGCGGCAAAAUGUGCGGAGGAUGUAUAUGCUGCUCAAGCUAAAAUUGAUGCAGGAAAGACGGAUGAGACGAAGUGGAGAAACGGCCAAGGCAAAUCUGAAAACACCUCUAAUGGCGCCUCUUUACAUUCGUCGUGUUCUAACUCAGUUGAUGUUGUUUCCAACCUGGCUUGGCGUAGCGAUGCACGUCUGCGGGAUCCUCAUUUGCGCAAGUAUUUCUUUAAGCAGCGAGCAGAUUCGAAUUCAGUUCAUCCCCCACAUGAUUAUCGAUGCACGAUUCGAAAAAUGAAUAACGCGUCACCAAAAACAGGUGGUCCAGUGAAAGAAGGCCUUGCGUCAAAAGAUUCGCUUGCUGACGAGGAAGCAGCGAUGGUAAGCUUAGAUGUACUGCUUCUGAUGUGGAGUAACAAGGUGCUGCAUGUUUUAAGACUUCUUUAUACCAUAUGUUAA